UGGACGAAGUCAAGCCCUCAAAAAAAUAUCAGGAUGAUCCUCAUGCGGCAUGGCCUUUUCGAAUUAUAGUUACAGGGGCAAGCAAUUUAGGUAAGCGCAAUGUUAAAUGCGAUGAUGUGAUACUUUGUGGCCACCAUUUUAACGAGCCUAAAUAUGGAAUUGUUCGAAAUUUUUAUAAAUAUCUUGUGCAAGAUAAAUCCAAACUAUACUAUGAAGAUAUUACAUUCUCUACACUCACUCCUAAUAAAAUUCCAGACCCAAAAAAGUUCAAUGUUAAAAGAAGUAAACUAACGAUAUUUGAGGAUGUCUGCUCAGACCCUCUAGCUAUACAGAAAAAAAUUAUUCCAUAUUUUAGUAAAGGUCGCCACGAGAAUAUUUCUUCUAUUUAUGUCUCACAAAAAUUUCACAGGAUUCCUACGGAUAUUCGUGAAAAUGCAACGCAUAUUGUACUCUUCAGUGGUGGAGGUUUAACCUGA